AUUUUAGAAGUUUAGAAGUUCACGAAGUUUACUUAUUGCGCAUGAUGUUUAUGUAUUUCUCUCUCACUCUUCGCAGCAUUAAAAGUGAUUAAAAGAUUGACUUUUUCUAGACACUAGACAUUAGAUGUUUCGCUUUUUUUAUUCAUAUGUAUACAUAUUUUGCUAUAUAUGUACUAAAUUGUAAUUAAAUUCGCAACUCAAGUGCACAUUAUUAAAAAUAUCUAAAAUAUUGGUUAUAUCGAUACUAGACAAUUUUAAAGCGUUUGAAUAUAAAUUCUUCUUUACUUCAACUAUAAAUAACUAAUAAACUAACGCAAUGGAUACUGUUAUUGCAGAAAAAGUUUUAGAUAGAAUUGUUGAUGGAAUAAUUGAGGAUUGGUUAUUUGACUCUCCAACUGAAGAUGAUCGAGAUAGCAUAUUUGAUUCAUCGUCAUCAUCAUCAGAAUCAUCUGAUGAUGACGAUGAUUUUGUUGAUAAUGAUGAACCUGAAAGUAAACGAAGAAAACACUGUCAUUGUGAUGAUGAAGAGAGACUGAAGCUAGAAGAAAAAAAACUUGAAAUACAGGAAAAAUUACUUGAUUUGGAAGAAAAAAAAUUAUCACUUGAAAAUGCGAAGUGUGAUUUAAUUAAGCGAUAUCUUCAAACAAGACGGCGUUAAAUUAAUAUAUUUUUUGAAAAAAUAUAUAAAACGACCCAAAUGUGUUUAUUUUAUUUUUCUGAAACUUAAAAAUAGACAGCAUCUUAUUAAUAUAA